AUGGGCCAAAAGGAAAUCAACAUCUUGAGCCAUAAACAAGAAGUUCGUAAUACUGUCGAGGCAUCCACAGAUAGAGACUCUGGUGAGAAUUGUGAUGUUGAAGUUAAGGCUCCAUUAAAGAAGGGCAGAUCACCUCAUGUUGACAAUCGAAAAUCUUAUAGGAUAAAGUAUGAUAUGCUUAGGAGCAAUUUCAUUAAUGACUUAUUCCAUAAUACGACAGCACACUAUCCAUUAGUAGGAUUUUAUGAGGUUCUGACGCAUCGAGUGUAUUGGAAAUUUAUAUUGUUAUCAGCAAUAUCAUAUAUUAUUACAUUUAACGUUAUUGCAAUUCUAUAUUACAUUUUUUUAUUUCCUACAACAGCCAUAUUGUACUUAUUCCUUUUAGGUCCAUUUGGGCCUGUUCUAGCUGUAAUUGAUUUGAUAUUACAUUCGAAUUCGUUAGCCAAAAGUUUUUGUAAACAUAUUAUACUAACUCGAGUACGAGAUAAUAUAUUCGAUUUAACAUUAGAACGAAAAGGUUGUUAUGACAUUAUAAAAUCAGCUAAACUUUUAAAAAAAAACCCAAAUGCAGAUGCAACAGUUAAGAAUUGGAGACAAUUGAAUAAGUAUAAAGAUAUUUUAAUCUUUACCAAGGAUCUGACCUAUAAAAUUAUUAUUUAUUUUAUUCUAUUCCUUAUUUCAUUAUUUCCCAUAAUUGGACCAUUGGUCGUUAACUUUCUAGUCAGUCCAGAAAGAGCACAUGGGUAUUUAAUGAGAUAUUUUGUAUUGAAUAACGAUGAUAAAAAGACAAGCAAGAAGUAUCGAAAUGCUCAUUUAGCAAAUUUUCUAUGUUUUGGUAUGAUGGCAGGUUUACUGGAGUUUUUACCAGGAUCUUCAAUAAUAACAUUCACUACAAAUACAGUUGCUGGUGCAUUAUGGGCUGAAAAUAUCAUAAAGAAACAAAACUAG